AUUCAAAACAAUUCCAAGCCAUGGCAUGUUCUCCAUCCCCAGUUUCUGCAUUCUCCUUCUCUAAUCCAUCGGUUUCCAGAGCCCGAGCUUCGCCCUCUGUUUCUAACCCAAGAGCAAUGGCCAAAGAGCUUUACUUCAACCAUGAUGGCUCGACAACCAAGAAGCUUCUGGCAGGGGUGGACAUGGUGGCAGAGCUUCUCGGAGUUACAUUAGGUCCAAAGGGCAGAAAUGUUGUGCUGCCGAACAAGUAUGGCCCGCCCAAGAUAGUAAAUGACGGAGAAACUGUUCUCAAGGAGAUUGAAUUAGAAGAUCCAUUGGAGAAUGUUGGAGUUAAAUUGGUGAGACAAGCUGGGGCAAAAACAAAUGACCUUGCUGGUGAUGGCUCUACUACAUCAAUUAUUCUUGCUCAUGGCCUAAUCACCGAGGGGAUAAAGGUUAUUGCAGCUGGAAUGAAUCCUGUUCAAGUUUCCCGUGGGAUUGAAAAAACUGCAGCAGCUCUUGUUUCUGAACUAGCUUUGAUUUCCAGAGAAGUUGAAGAUCAUGAACUUACAGAUGUUGCAGCAGUCAGUGCUGGAAAUGAUUAUGCUGUGGGAAAAUUAAUCUCUGAUGCUCUUGAACGAGUAGGUAGGAAAGGAGUGGUGACAAUUGAAAAUGGAAGGAGCACUGAAAAUAGUCUACAGAUUGUUGAAGGGAUGCAGUUUGAUCGUGGAUAUCUGUCUCAAUAUUUUGUCACUGACCGAAGAAAGAUGAUUGCGGAGUUCCAUAACUGCAAGUUACUAUUGGUUGACAAAAAAAUCACAAACCCAAAGGAGAUGUUUAAAAUAUUGGACAGUGCCGUGAAAGAGAAGUAUCCCAUUGUGAUAGUUGCAGAAGGCAUUGAGCAGGAAGCGCUAGCUCCAGUAAUUAGAAAUAAACUCAAGGGUGUGCUGAAGGCAGCUGCUAUUAAGGCUCCUGCCUUUGGUGAGCGCAAGAGCCACUACUUGGAUGACAUUGCCACCUUGACUGGAGGCACUGUAAUCAGAGAUGAGGCGGGGUUGACCCUGGAAAAGGCUAACAAGGGUGUACUAGGAUCUGCGACUAAAGUUGUCAUAAAAAAGAAUUCAACAUUGAUAGUUACUGAUGGGAGUACUAGGCCAGCGGUUGAGAAGAGGGUUUCUCGAAUUAGGAAGCUUGUUGAGAACACGGAAGAGAGUUUCCAAAAGAAGAUACUGAAUGAAAGGAUAGCAAGAUUAUCUGGGGGCAUUGCAAUUCUUCAGGUAGGAGCGCAAACACAAGUAGAGUUGAAGGAUAAGCAAUUAAGAAUUGAAGAUGCUCUAAAUGCAACCAAGGCAGCAAUUGAGGAAGGUGUCGUAGUUGGUGGUGGCUGUUGCCUUUUGAGGCUAUCCACAAAGGUGGACAGUAUCAAAGAACACCUAGACAACGAAGAACAGAAAAUUGGAGCCGAGAUCUUCAGAAGAGCUUUGAGUUAUCCUACAAGAUUAAUAGCAAAAAACGCUGGUGUAAAUGGCAAUGUUAUCAUAGAUAAGAUUUUAUCAAAUGAUGACGUGAAUUUUGGCUACAAUGCUGCCAAAGACCGUUAUGAAGAUUUAAUGCAGGCUGGGAUAAUGGAUCCAACAAAGGUAGUUAGAUGUUGUCUGGAGCACUCAGCAUCUGUGGCUAAGGCUUUUCUGACAUCUAAUGCUGUUGUGAUUGAUCGUAUGGAGUUAAAACCUAUCCCACGGAGAAAACCCUUAACACCCUCAGGUUUAGGACCUAUUGGCUACUGAGAAGGUUUUAGAGUUCAGCCAGGCUCUUAAACUUCUGAUUUAUUUGUCAUCCAACAAGGUUACAGGGAGGAGUUCAAUUAGGAAGCUCCAGUUUUUUGUGUAAUGAUUGGAAAAACCACCCCAGGAUCGCACAUGAAGUUGUUCACAGCUAAAUUGGUUCCCCCAUCGGCCAGUUCUAGCGGCAAUUACUUAGUU